AAAGUUGGCAAAAUUUGAAAAUAAAAUGAAAACUUUGGCAGCUCGUAAACUUGGUUUGGUAUUUAAAGAGGCCAGUGCGAAGAAGAUAAACCCUCAGCACGAAUAUCACUUUUUUCACAAGACUUUUCAAGAGUACUUGGCGGCAUUAUAUCUGGCCAAAAAGCUUCUUGAAGAGAAAAUCAAUGUCUAUCGUGAUUUGAAGUUGAGCUUUCAUCUCAUCACAAGUAGAUACAAACAAGUGUUUAUCUUUGUGUCUGGCAUACUGGGUGAGGCUACUUGUAAUCUGUUUAGACAGAUUGGUGAGAAUCUUGAGAAUGAAUGCUGGAACUGGCUAGGAUGUGAGAAGGAAGAGGCGACCUUCUUUACUGAGUGUUUCCGUGAAAGUGGAAAAGAAGAACAACUGGCAAUGACUUUAUGUUCCUUUAUCCCGUUUUCACAGUCAAUAACCGUGGACGUGAUUGUUGACGAGGUUUCGUGUGAAGGUGUCUUAAGUGUUGUAAAGGCUUGCAAGAGCUUCUCACAAUUACAAUUGCCUGUUCAUUUUACUUACAAAUCUCGUCCCUUAGCGGAGGAUUCUCGUUUUGUUUACAAGUUUCUAGCCUCAUACUCAAGGCUAGAAACUUUUUCCAUUUCAGUUCCUAGAGUAACAGAAGAUGUAACAUCCCUUGUGUGUAAAGUACUUCAAUUGAACUCAUCAUUACAUUCCUUUACUUUUGAAACAAUGGUUCCCAUUCCCUCUGAGGAAGCUGUUGUUAUUGGUGACAGUUUAGCCGCCAACAAAACACUACAAACCGUGACUUUAAAACUGCUGGGUGGGUUAGUUGAUGAUUGGGUCACUGUUCUUGAAAAAGGAUUGUCUGGAGAUACACCGCUGACAUCCGUUGUUCUGGAGAUCAGUGGCUCAGUAAGGGAAAGUGGAAAAAAUGCUUUGAAAAAUUUGUUAUCGAACAGAUCACUUAAAUCUCUUAGCUUCGCUGUUUAUGGGGACAUGCACGAUUCAUUGGCGACUUUAGUCGGGGAAGGACUCGCAGCCGAUCCGUGCUUACAAUCCCUCACAUUGAUUGUUUAUGGAAGCGUCAGCUGCUCUGCUUUCACUUCGUUGAAAAAGGGUGUUGUAGAAAAUAAUGCUUUGAAGUCACUGGAAUUAAAAGUGUUUGGAGGACUUCCUGACAACUGGGUAAAUAUUUGUGAGGCUCUUUAUGCUGCGAAAAAGUCGUCGUCCAUGUCUCUUACAAUCAAACCGGACGUAGUCAGCAAAAUAACAAAUGCACAGGUGGCCUGUCUUCGUCCUGUUCUAAAGGAAAGAGUUGGCGCGUUUAAACUGCAUUCAUUUACUGUAAACAUGUGGGGAGAGUUGAGUUGCAGUGGAGCAAGUGAUUUAUGCAAACUCCUGAUAGCAUCAACAGUUUCCUGUGUUAAUUUGAAUAUCCACGGACGAGUAACAGAUAGUGUUGCUACCUGUUUGGCUGAGAACUUUGAAAAAGUUAACUCGUGCACACUGUCCGACUUAAGUAUCAACAUUCGGGGAGAGUUGACGAGAGAUGGAAACAGCAUCCUUCAAUCACUUGAAUGCAAUCAAACAUUUGCCUUUACUUUAAAUGUUCAGGACGUGAAUGUACUUGACAAAAGUUGCGAUGAAGUUAAGUUAUAUGGAGUUGAUUCUUCGUCAUUAAAAGAAGCGUUUACAAAAUUCGAGUCUAUCUGCUCGCGUGUGAGUAAAUUGAUUCUGAACUUGAAUAAUCCCAGUAACUCAAGUGAAGUGGACUGGGGAUGUAGUGUUGGCGACGUUUUGGCGAAAUUCGUGUCACUUGCCACAUUAAGCCUCUCAUUCAACAACUACCGUGGCUGGGAUGAAGACUGGUUGGGUCAUCUGUGGAGUGGUGUGGCACAGAACACGUCAAUAACUACGCUGAGUAUUACAGUCAACAGCUACAACGAGAAAGACAUAGGCCUCUGGAUGUAUGGUCUGUGGGAAAGUUUGAAUCAAAACACGUCAAUAACCACGCUGAGUAUUACAUUGAACUUCUACAGUAAAAUGGAAGGGGACCGGAAGAAUGAACUGUAUUGUGGUUUGAAAGAAAACACAUCAGUAACCGCGCUGAGUAUUACAGAGAACAUCUACUGUGACGUAUAUAAAGACUACAAUGUUUUUCUCUGCGGAGGUUUGGAGGUAAACACGUCAUUAACCACCCUCAGUAUUGUGGUCAACAACUACAAGAAGAUAGGCAGAUUGUGUUUGUUUGGACCGUUGCGCGGUUUGGAAGAAAACACGUCAAUAACAACGCUAAAUAUUUCGCUCAAUAACUGCGGUGAGAUGAGUGGAUACUCGGUGGUCGAUCCGUUUGAUUUUUUAUCAGUAAACCCGUCACUUGUCACAUUGAGUCUUGCACUUAACUACCACAGUAACUCAUAUGAAGACUAUAAAGACUGGAUACACAAAUUACACGAAUUCAGUCAAGCUUUGGAAAUGAAAAAUUCACCAAUCAGAAUUUGUUUUGAAGUAAACGUGUUCAGUGAGAGAAAUGAAAAAACUUAAAUGGGUCUGACUUAGCGAACAGCAUAUCUUUUAAACAUUCUCAACACUGACUGAGUACAUUAACAUGAGCUUGUGGCGCACUUGUGUUACAUUCAAUGAUUACAAUUACAAAGACUGCAAAUCUGAUCUGGAACAGCUCGUCAGUAACUACAUUCAACAGUUACGUUGAUGGGAGAGGAGACUGGGUAUGAUUCUGAAUUUCACAUGGAGGAAUGCAAUCCUUGUGACAUGAGGGCACUCACUGGUUGAAUGGUUUUUUUUAAACUCGUCAAAGAAAUGAAUGGCGUGGAUAUGUUUCAGUUGAGCUGGACCAAACUGCUGUACUACAAACGAAGACUCCUGAAUAAUGUAUGUUACAUACUGGCAAUGAAAGACUGACAACUCCGUGAUGACGGGUUAAAGACCACACGACGCAUGCGGAGUCCUUGACAUUCUAUGAGGUUAGAAGAUCCUUUGCAGAGGGUACUAUAUGCGAUAGAUGCCACCUUUUGCUUCAACCAGGCACCGUUACCAGGAGUCCGGUGACACAGUGAGGUAACCACAAAUUUCAAACAUUUUAUCGCGGUGUAGACCUUAGAUAGAUAGCGUCCAGCUGCCCUUUGGGAAACCAAAGGUUAGGAAAUACAGAACGAUAUGAAACAAAAGUCAGAGUAAUUUCAUUAAAAAAUGUGGAGGUUAUUCAUCAUGACGAAGAUGAAUUAGAAAAGAGUGUUGUUAUCUGAGGAUGAUGAUAUAGUCAGAACAGUCAAAAUCAUGAUUGUUGUCAACUUUUUUAGUUUAAGAGGCUCAUGGCUGUGAUACUCUGUGGUUAAGUUACAACGAUGCGGUGAGAGAAAAGUGAUAUGAUCUGUUUACCAUUUGUGUAAAUAACGGUAUGGUAUUUAUUGGACCUGAAAAUCGUUACUCGUUCAAGUUGUUAUUUUCGCUCCUAAGUUUUGUUUUGUACUCAUUGCAAUGUUCGCAUCUGUUGGUAUUUUUCUGAAUGUCAUAGUUUACCUCUGAUUUGAAAAGUGUUUUUGUUUUGUAUGUGAAAGUAUUUAUCUGUGCUCGCAUCUUAGAGUUUGUACUAUUGGCCGUAGAGGUGUCUAAAGUAGAAGCCUUUGCUUUUCAAUACUCCCAAAAGGAAGAUUUCCAAAGAAGCUUUUUUAUGUCGUGGCAACUAAAGAUUUAGACUUCUCUGUCACCGAGGGUUAAUGACCACAUGACGUAAGCACGGUGUAUGAUUGGAUAUGACGUUAGAAGACACGUGACAGGAGGUACGACGCUUUUUACGCAGAGUUAGAUUUUAACUUAAGUUUUUCGAAAUGAAAAGCAUCAUUAGCACAACGCCUUCAUAUCCCAGAUGACCAUCUGUCAGCGCGAUGUAGGAUCAAAUGGUGUUGAAGUAUCCUUGAGUUUCUCAACCGAGAACAAACCAAGUGACACAUUAUUUCUUACCAACUGAUGGAAACAGUUUUUCAGACACAUAGGCAAAUCUUGUUAGUGUUAUUAGGCUCAUUGGCGCUUUUAAAGUUUAGUGAUGGAUGAAGAAAAUACACGACUACUGUGUAACAUUUUCUAUUAUUUAACCAGUUGUAAAGUAGAGUGAAAAUUUUUCGUGGUAAUUCAUGUUAUUCCUUCGUAAGGAGACAGGAACACAGUCUACCUCAUCGCGACUGACAUUGGAAGUGACUUCAUCGUGAGUCAGACGAUAGCACUUCACUACCACGAUUAGUUCAACAACCUUUUUUACGAUAUGUAAUAAAUUUGUAAGGAGGAUUAUAAAAUUACUCUUCAAUCUUUGUAUUGAAAGGUGAUUAAUGGGAGCAAAGGGGA